AAUUUUGACAGUCGGAGAACUUUUUUUCCUCCGUAUGCUUUGUCCGCAACUGCUUCGGUAACUGCGCCUAGUCGACUGAAAACAGCCUCAUGAUGGAGGAGCCCUCGAGGAAGAAGCUCAAGACGGCGGCGAAGUCUACCAGACCCUCAAAUGACCCUCGAAUCACAGACCCUCGAUUCGCCAACAUCCAGUCCGACCCCCGAUACCGCCUUCCAGGCAAGAAAAACAAGGUCAAACUCGACAAACGUUUCGCCCGGGUUCUGGAAGACGAGGACUUUGUGAAGCGAGCCAAGGUCGAUCGGUAUGGCCGCCCGCUCGAAUCCAACGCAGAGAGGAAGCGAUUGAAACGGAAAUACGAGUUUGACGACGAGGAGGGCGAAGAUGAACAAAGUGAUGAGCCGGACGACGAUGAUCAAGUGCAGGAGGAGUUGAGCAGGAUUGAGAAGAAGACCCGUGAUCCUUUGCGAGAAGGGAGAGACACAGACUCUGAAUCCUCGUCUGAUGAGACCACAAGCGAUGAGGAAUCGGAGGAGGAAGAAGCUGCCCUGGAGGAGGAAGUUGGCAUUGGUGCUACGCAGCAGACAGACGUCCCGACCGGCGAAGUCACAUCUCGCAUUGCCGUUGUCAACCUCGAUUGGGACAAUAUACGCGCCGCCGACUUGAUGGCUGUCUUCAGCAGUUUCCUCUCGACCUCGGACUCCCUGCUCAAGGUCUCCAUUUAUCCUAGCGAAUUUGGUAAAGAACGUCUGGAACGUGAAGAAUUGGAAGGCCCACCCAGAGAAAUCUUUGCGAACCCUCCAAAGGAAAACAUUAAUGGAGACUUCUCUGACGACGAAGAACAAGGAGAUGAAGACAUCAAAAAAUCCAUACUGAAACCCGACGACGGCACAACCGAUUUUGACUCCACAGCCCUGCGCCGCUACCAACUCGAACGCCUUCGGUAUUUCUACGCCAUCUUGACGUUUUCGUCACCAAGUGUGGCAAAACAAAUCUAUGAUGCCGUCGACGGCACUGAGUAUCUGCGCACGGCCAAUUUCUUCGACCUCCGCUUCGUGCCUGAUGACACUGACUUCUCUACCGACGUUCCGCGUGAAGAAUGUGAUCGAAUAUCUGACGAUUACAGACCGAAUGAAUUUGUGACAGAUGCGUUACAGCAUUCCAAGGUGAAAUUGACGUGGGACGCGGAGGACGGGGGUCGGAGAGAAGCUGUGGCAAGAGCUUUUAAAGGCAGCAGGAAGGAAAUUGACGAGAACGAUCUCAGGGCAUAUCUGGCUUCAGAUGAUUCGGAGGACGACGAAGAGGAGGAAAAUGAAGUUGCGGCAAGCAGCGGUCCAACUUCCAAGAAAGAAGCAGAAAGACAACGUAUGCGCACACUCCUUGGCCUCCCACCCGAGCCGGAGAAGAAGUCAUCCAAGAAAGAAAAAAGGCCGGUCGGAGAUAUGCAGAUCACGUUCACAUCUGGCUUGAGCGGUGGCACUAACGAGACGAGUAAAAAGAAAUCGGUGUUUGAGAACUCGCCAGAGCCAGAGGAGACGACGCUCGAGAAGUAUGUUCGAAAAGAAAGAGAGAGAAAGCAGAAGCGCAAGGAGAAGAUGAAGAGUGCGCGCGAGGGCAACGGCCCCGACACCGAGGGCGAUGCUGAUGAUCAAGACAAGGGCGACGAACAAGCAAUUCCAGCUGGAGAGGAGGACGCGGACCUGGGAUUCGAUGACCCCUUCUUCGCGGAACCGUCAGCUGCGUCGGAGAAAGCGGCCUCCAAGAAAUUGAGAAAGGAAGAGCGCCUGAAGAAAAAGAAGGAGCGCGAGGCCGAGGAGGAGGCGGAUCGCAAACAGCGGGCGGAACUUGAACUGUUGAUGGCCGACGACGACGCCGAUGAAGCCGGGCCCGACGGAGCCAAAAAGAGGAUCAGACACUUCGACAUGCGGGAAAUCCAGAAGGCCGAGAAGGAGGAGCGGAAGAAGAACAAAAAGAAGAAACCCAAGGCUGCGAAGAAGGGCGACGCUCCAGAAGACGCGCCAGAUGCAUUCCAAGUGGACACCUCGGAUCCGCGUUUCUCGCGACUGUUCGAAAGCCACGAGUACGCCAUUGAUCCGACGAACCCGAAAUUCAAAGGCACCAAGGCCAUGCGUGCGCUGUUGGAGGAAGGGCGGAGGAGGAAGCACAAAGGGGACGAGAGGUCCGGCGCGUCGGAGCGGCCAGGUAGAGGGGGAGAUGAUGACGAUGCUGGUGGGAGCAAACGCCGCAAGGACGGGCAUGUCGAAGCUCCCCCUCGGAACGGUGGCGACGGUGCGAAGAAGCCUUCGGAUAGUGGGAGUGGUGAUGUCAAGAGGCUCGUGGAGAAGAUCAAACGCCGCCAGCAGGCAUGAGAGGCAUAUACAUACUCUGUAUAUGCGAACAAACCACAACCGAGUUCUAUUGAGCUUGGGCAUGACUAAAUAUCCACACUAUCGAGCAGUGGGAGGUAAGCCAUCUUAACUGAGCGAUCACGCUGGGCGAGCCUUUGUAGGAGAAACAGAAGGAGAGACAGAAGAACAAUUGACUUUGCAUUGCUACUUCC